UCGUUUUGUGCUCAGCCGUGACCUUUCUGAUGUGCACGGCCCAUGUGACAUUCACAAACUUGAAAUGCAACUUCACCGAUAAGAGUUUUGGGGACUUUAAGUAUUGCUACAUCAAGGCCGUCAAUCGUACUCACAAGUACAUCAGCAUCUAUGCGAAAAUGGCUCCACAAUCCAUUAAUAAUGCUUCGGUAAGCGGCAAGCCGAAUGUCGGAAAUGAAGAUCUUCGCUAAAUGUAUCAAAUUCUAUGAAAAACAGGUCAACAUCCAUAUGUUGCGCAAGAGCAA